AUGGCGCAGCAGCAGGCCCCGCCAGCUGCGCAAGCGCCCAUCGUCGUCGUCGUUGACGAAGUUCAGAUCACCAGUGAUGCAGCGCUCGUUCUCGCUCCAGGGGCUCAGCACGUAAAGGACCACACGCCUUGUCUGAGUUGGACCACGGUGUACGACAAUGCAGGAGCAGUGACCAACUACACCCUGGGGCAGAGUGACGCCAAGGGCGCCUUCCUGCCGCGGUGCCGGUUCAGCGUGGACCAGCAGACAGGCACCCUCCUCGAUGGGAACCACGUUCUCAAUGUGCUUUUCAAUGGGGCAUUCUGGUCGCGGCUUCUGACCGCUCUGGACGCGGCGAACCUCUUUGCCACUUCCAUGGAGAAGAUCGGCGUGCUGCAUUGUUUGGUCGUCACUGAAUGCUUGAUACUAACGCCGCGAGCUAUGCAGAGGAAGAGGCGGACGCCCAAGGUUGGGCGACGGCUAGCGCAUCACACCCCUCCCUUCAUGGCGAAGCGCUGCAGCGGCGACGGCGUCCGGCUGUGCGGCACUCCGGGCUGCACGCUGCCCGACUUCCACGCCGGGCCCUGCUCCAACGCGGCCUCGCUCGGACGCCGCCGCGAGCACAACAUCAAGCUGCCGUACAAUGAAAAGGCGGCGCAGCAGCUGCUGCGGGGCGAGGCGGCGGCCAUCAAGGCAUCGAAGCGGGAGCAACGCGAGCGCAAGAAGCAGCAGCGGCCCGUCGCCGCUGAGCGGCCAGUCUCGCCGCCGCCGCCGCAGCAGCGCUUGCCGAGCGGCCUCGCGCGCUUCUACCACCCGCUCGAGUGGGGCGUGCCGCUGCGCGAGGGGCCGGUGGAGGCGGACCCCGUGCCGCCGUCGUGGCGGCACGAGGCGGGCGCGUGGCAGCUCGAGCAGGCGGCUGACCGCAUCCGCAGCCGCCGCGGCGUCGGUGAGGCGGAGGCUGCCUUUAUGGAUCUGUGGAACGGGGCGGUGCAGCGGUCGGAGCGCAGCCGGCUGGUGGGCGACCGGUGCCUGCCCGCCCUCUGCCGUGCCUUCGCGGUCCAGCACGCCGCCGAGCUCCGCGGCCUCGCCGCCCCAUUCCGCUCCCACCUCGAGGUCCUCAGGCAGCACAACCUGCUGCACCCGGAGGAUGUGCGUGACUGCCUCGUGCUCUCCUCGCCCGACGCCGCCGCCGCCUCUCCGUGCGCCCGCUGCUCGCGCCCGCGGCACGAGCGGCACUGCCCCCUCCACGGAGUCCGGCGCGGGGCUGCUUGCUGGCCGACGGCAAACGGGGCCGGCGGGACGUCGAUGGUGAGCGCUGCGGACGUGCUCACCAUCGUGGGCAAGGAGUGUGAGGUGUGCGGCAGUCCGCGCGACGCCGAGAGGAUGCUUCUCUGCGACGGCUGCAACAAGGGCUUCCACCUCGGCUGCCUCUCGCCGCCGCUCGCCGCCAUCCCGGAGAGCGAUUGGUUUUGCGCAGCCUGCUCGCCCCGAUAA